GCGGUCGCCGGAGGACGGGGCGGUUGGGCGGCCGCGGUGGUGGCUGCGCGAGAGGAGCGUGUGCGCGCGCCGGUGCUGUGGCGGCGGCAGAAGCGGUAGCGGCGGCGGCAGCGCGCGGGCAGGUUGAGGUGAGCGCGGCGCCCCCGCCCGACGGCUCCCGCCGCAGGCAGGAGCGGCCGCGCCGGGAGGAGACGCUGCCACCGCCGCCGAGCCUCGGUUCGUCCGUCUGUCUCCUUCCUGUGGCGGCGGCGGCGGCUGCUGCUGCGCGGCGGGGCGAGGGCCGCCCUCCCCCGUCAGCCGCGGCGGGCGGAGCGGCGGCGGCAGCAGCAUGAGUGGCGGCGGUGCCGCCGUCCGGAGCAGAGCGGUGAGGGCAGGGUUGGCAGCGCGGCUGCUGACGGUGCUCAGCUGCGUCCUGACAGCGGAGGCCCAGCUCACAGGAGUCCUAGAUGAUUGUUUAUGUGACAUAGAAAGCAUUGAUGACUUCAAUACCUUCAAGAUCUUCCCAAAAAUACAGAAACUGCAAGAACGCGAUUACUUCAGAUAUUACAAGGUGAACCUGAAGAGACCAUGCCCAUUUUGGGCUGAUGAUGGCCAUUGUUCUAUCAAAGACUGUCAUGUAGAGCCUUGUCCUGAGAGCAAAAUACCUGUUGGAAUUAAAGCUGGGAGCUCGAAUAAAUAUUCAAAAGCAGCAAAUAAUUCCAAAGAAUUGGAAGACUGUGAGCAAGCUAACAAACUGGGAGCAGUUAACAGUACUUUAAGUAACCAAAGUAAGGAGGCUUUCAUUGACUGGGCAAGAUACGAUGAUUCACAGGAUCAUUUUUGUGAACUUGAUGAUGAGAGAUCUCCAGAUGCACAGUAUGUGGAUUUGCUGCUGAAUCCAGAACGUUACACGGGAUACAAGGGGCCUUCUGCUUGGAGGGUGUGGAACAGCAUCUAUGAAGAAAACUGCUUCAAGCCUCGAUCUGUCUAUCGUCCUUUAAAUCCACUGGCGCCUAGUAGGGGAGGCGAUGAUGGAGAAUCUUUCUACACAUGGCUAGAAGGUCUUUGCCUUGAGAAAAGAGUGUUUUAUAAACUCAUAUCUGGACUUCAUGCUAGCAUCAACUUGCAUCUGUGUGCAAAUUAUCUUCUUGAAGAAACGUGGGGGAAGCCUCGCUGGGGACCGAAUGUGAAAGAGUUCACUCGUCGCUUUGACCCUAUUGAAACAAAAGGAGAAGGACCAAGGAGGCUCAAAAAUCUGUAUUUCUUAUAUUUGAUAGAGCUGCGUGCUUUGUCAAAGGUUGCACCAUACUUUGAGCGUUCAGUUGUUGACCUUUACACUGGAAAUGGCCAUGAGGAUGCUGAAUCUAAAGCUCUUUUACUAGAUAUCUUCAGGGAUACAAAGUCCUUCCAUAUGCACUUUGAUGAGAAGUCCAUGUUUGCUGGAGAUAAAAAAGGAGCCAAGUCAUUAAAGGAAGAAUUCAGAUUGCAUUUCAAGAACAUAUCCCGCAUAAUGGAUUGUGUUGGAUGUGAUAAGUGCAGGCUGUGGGGCAAACUGCAGACUCAAGGCUUAGGAACUGCUCUGAAGAUCUUGUUUUCCGAGAAGGAGAUACAGAGCCUUCCUGAGAAUAGCCCGUCAAAAGGUUUUCAACUCACACGCCAAGAAAUAGUUGCUCUUGUAAAUGCCUUUGGAAGGCUUUCCACAAGUAUAAGAGAGUUGCAGAAUUUUAAAGUUUUAUUACAACAAACUAGGUAAUGAAGGCCUUUGCACACCUCCAUUAGUGAAGACCAUUUACGUGACUGCAUUGAGCAGAAGGAACUGAUCCUUACAGGACUCACAUGAACUGAUAAAAAGUAAAAUCAAGUACCAACUUGAAUAUUUAUGUUCAAACUAGGAAUGGUUAUUAAUUAGAAAAGAUAUUUAUGAAUGAAAUAUAUAGUUUUUAAAUGUGUAAAUUAUGCUGAUCUGUUUAUUUUUUAAGUUCUCUGCUCACAGUUCUGUUGUACUGAAACUACAUAAAUUUUCUUUAUUUCCUUGUCUUUUUGAGACAGUUGUUUUAUAUGAAAACAUAUGUACCUCCACCCUGACUUGGCCUGUCCUGAGAGAGGUGGUUCGCCUCUCCCCGGUACUCAGCUUCAGUGUAUUCUAAGGACUGAGUAUGCUGAUUCUGGCUGUCUAAAAGAAAAGAAAAAACAAAACAAAAAAUGGAGAAGGAAAUAAGGUUCUUGUUGAGUUCUGACUUCUUACUGUAAUAAUGAAACUUACUUAAAAAUAGGAAAUUUACUGAGCAGAAAGUUUUGUUUCACACCAAGCUCCUUUGCAUCUUGCUGAUAUCAACAUUUUUUUCCCUUAUGUGCUGCUUUCCAGAAGCUCCUUUUUUUUUUUUCUUUAAAAUAACUACCUUGUCUCUGAUGCAGCACAGUUGGAAGUGACAUUUCUGCAGCCCUUUGGCUACUCUGCGUUUGCCUGGGGGGAGUGCAAGAGGGCAGGGGGAGAUGGGUAGUGGAGUGCUGCCAGCUGAAACGCCUCAGUCAAUCAAAUGAGUAUUUUAUUUUCUAGAUUGUAAUCGCAAGUUCGGUUCCAGAAAUUGUCUUUUUAAUGUCUAAAGUGUUAAAAUAGCACGUUUCAAUCUUUGAGCUGUAGAAAUAGAUUUGCUCUUUAUGGGUUAUGUUUUCAUGCUACGUUAAAAGGUCAGUACAAAAAAAUAAGAACUUGUUUUUGUAGUCACUUUUAAAAAAAGAUGCUUUUUAAAAUUCAUAAUCAUACUGACAUUUAAUACCGCAUACUCUAUCUAUGCAAUCCCUAUCUGUAUCUUCUUUAAAAGGAUAUUCAGUGUAAUAAAACGGGUAUGUUAAUAAUGUAACUUUCAUAAAAUAAGGAAUUACUUGUGUAUCAUUGUCCACAAAUGUCAAUGAUAAUUUACCAUUGUCCAAAACAGAAUUCAAAAACAGCACUGCUGAUUAGUAGCAACCAAAUAUGGUUUAAAUUUAAAAUGAAGUAAUAAUUAUUUUUUUUUCAAACCAGCAUGUUUCAAAGUGAAGUUAAGCAUUAUGAAUGUAGGAAGUGCUGGUAACAGUGUAGAUAACAUCUCUUGUUUUUAAAAAUAAGUCUUCACAAAAUAAAGUGCUCUUAAACAUUUUUCACCCAACCAGAUAUUUAGUGACCUGUUUAUAUAAUUGAUUGUAACUGUAUUGGCUUCCAUAAUGUGGUCCUUUACAGCUGAGAUUUUCUGAAAGCUGGAAUACGCUCUGUGUCCCUUGUUUCCAGACUAGCCUCAAAUUCCUACCUGACUGGAAAUGAGACGGACUCUCCUGCUGCCACUUGCUACUAUAAAAAAUACAGUUUCUCAAGAACCCUCUUGAGUCAAACUGGGAUAAGCUAAAUGAAAGGAGGGGGAAAACCAACCAACCAAACAAAAAAAAAAAAAAACAACAAAAAAACCCAAACCAAAAAAAAAAAGCCCACCCCCACAAAACUUUGGUGAUAGUUGCACAAAUUGGCAAUGAACUGGUAUCCAGUCCUAAGUUCCUGUUUAAGCCAGUAGAUUAAUUUAAUGUGGAGUUGGAGAAAGCUGAUACCAGUCUGGGUACGUCCCGUUCUUAACCGGCAGCCUCUCUUGCCUGCAGGCACCCUUGUCUGAGCAAGUCACCACAGGCUUCCUUUUUCCAGUUAGUGGAGAAGAGCGGGCGAUUUGUAGGUGGAUUCACCUGGCCUCUUCCGAGCUCUGGAUGAUCCACUCCAGGAUGCAGCGAUUUGCACCCUAGAGUGGAUUUUUCUCCAUUAAAUUGAAGUGGGAACCCAGGUAACUAGCUCAGAUGUGAACAUCUAUGUUUGGUAAAUGAGUUCCACCCCGAGUAUCUAACUCUUCUGAGUAAUUGUAUAUAUUGAAAGAGUGUGGUUUUCAGUUGGCCAUUAAUUCCUUGCCUUUUGGAUUGACCUGCAAGGGCUAGAACCUGUAGGCUCACUUGUGUGAAUGCUGUAUAGCUGGGACUUAUCUGUGUUAUUAUAGUGCCUAAAGCUUUAGGCAGAAUUUUUUUAUUUGAAAAAAAUAAAAUAGAUUGUGUUGUCUGUGCUGCCCCAGGAAAGGCCUGAGUCUCAGAAUUGUUUCUUUCCUUUUUCCCCUGCCUUUAUGGGGAAAGUGAAUUGCUUCCAACCUUCUUCUGGGGAUGCAACUUGCUAUUUUUCUUUUUAUUUUUUUUUUCCACCUGUGCCUGGCUAAAAUCUACAGACACUGAAGCAGCAUCACAUACUAGCAUCGUGCACCUGCUCAUGGGAGAGGUGAGAGAUUUGGGCACCCAGAUCCCGGGCAUCUGCUCCCUGCAGCCCCCAUUGGCACAGUGCAGGCAAGGCUAAUCCCGUUGGGGAAGAACAUAAAGAGAUGGGAAGCUUUUUCUUCUUUUCCUUUGUGUCACGGAAACACGGGAAUGCAGCCGAACAGCACAUUCUGUGUACGGGGAAGUUCUGUCGCAUUUGAAGGUACAUAUCUCUUGGUGAUCAAAUAUGGAAGGCAUUUCACUUCACUGUCAUUGUAGAAAUAGGAUGUAAGAUUUUUCCUGUUACAAAUCUAGUUGAAACAAUUUUCCUGUCACCCUCUUUUUUUUUUUCUGUAUUUGAUGUACAUUCUGUGACUAUGCUGCCUAUGAAGUUUUACCCUGUGAGUUGGAUGACUUAGUUCUUUAUAUGUUAAAUUAAAUUUUAGACAUCUACAGGUCCGUUUUUAUACUAAAGGUUAGUUACACUGUCCAUGACCUGUAAACUAUUUUAAAUUCCGGCUUGUCAACAUUGCCUGCCAUUCAUUUCAGAGGAAAAGUUACAUUCCUUGUACAAAUGACACAAUGAUUGUAAUCCCAGAGGUAGCGAGAAGACAAAAAUGUUUCUUUAUUUUUCCCAAGUCAUGAAGACUGAUGUGAAAUGGUAAAAGGACUUGGUGCAAACUGCAUAGGCAAAAUGUAGGGCGCUGCUGCUGAACAAGUAGCACUUCAGUGCCUGAGGAGGAAGGUGCAAAUACAGAUUUUAAACCAGUAAAAUAUAGAGACUCGUGGAAGCUGGAAUAACGAAAGCGUUUUCCUCCUCCAGCUGCUGAUUUGUGCUGUCUGUCAUUGUAUGUGCACGAAAUACACCGUGCCACACUUCCUUGAGUUGUGUUUUGACGGUUGGGUUGCCUUUAUCUUGACCUUGCUUUGUGCUUUUCUGGGAAAUGACCUGUAAUAUGUUGUAAAUAAUCUAGAUGCUUAUGUUUAUAAAGGAGCAAUCAGCAAUUCAUCACUCUACAACUCCUCCAUACGGCUAGCCUAUUAAAAUGUAAUAUUUAUUAAAAUCAAAAUCAACGUUGGAACUGCUUACUGAGAUCUAAACACUUCUGAACCUUUGCUAUGUUUGAAUCUAUAAAAUGCAAAUUAAAGUAUUUUCUGCUACA